AUGAGUAAAGGAAGUUUAGAGAUUGCCCGCUGUGCUAGUUUAAUAAUUCAACCAGUCCGUCCCAGUUUGGAUGACUUAAAUCCUGCUAUUAGAGAAUUUAAUGGCUUAUUUAAAGCUGGAAUUCCCAAAAGUAAAUUAGCCUUUGUCAUAAAUGCAGUUAGUUCUCCCGCCGAGGAAAAAGCUACUCGGAACUAUUUACAAAAAGCAGGAUAUUUUGUUUUGCCAGUUUCUUUACCGGAAAAAUGA